AAGACUCGACUCUGCGAACUGGUUCAGGUGAAGGAUAACAAGUUGCGACGGAUGUCUGAAUGGGGCUUCUAUUCGCUGGUUGGGCCCUUUUGGCUGCAGCUAUGGCAGCCUCCGCAACUGACCGUGGCGGCAAUAAGUUUGCAUCUAAUGCCAGUCGAAGAGCAUCUGGUGAACAACGAUGUAAGUCAAUCAAACCCAGAAUUUCAAUUUUCUGUUCGGCUGAAAGAUCUAGGCAGCCAAAGAAAGGUUUAA